AGGGGAGGUUUACGCGUCUGCGUACCAGAGAGCGCCGUGGAAACAGAAAAUCAAAUCGUAACUGAAUUCAGCUUUUUUUUUUUUUUUUUUUUUACUUGAAAAGCGGCCCAGCUAAGUUGUUUUCGCCGGACUUCCGCAGGGGACUGCCACCUGGGCUGGGGCUUUAUCUAGACUGAAAGAGCAUGGGCCGACUAGACGAUGCUGCCAAACACAAAGUGGUGGAGCUGCGGAAGGCCGGGCUCAGUUUCCGCAAAAUCAAAGCUGUGCUGGAGCUGGAGAACAUCAAGGUGUCGGCCCAGGCCAUCUACCUGUACCUGAGGGAGGUCCAGGGGAGGCCACCGGGGAGGGUCAGACCCCUGGAGGCCAGGGGUGGCACGCUGGUGCCGCAGGCUCCGGCGCAAGACAGGUGGAGCAAUGUUCACCUACAGAACCUGAGACGGGACGGGCCUCAUCGCGCUGAGUUUGCAGCCGCCGCCGACUUCUCCAAACAGGUGUCCACAAAUUCAGAGGCUAACGCAAAUGCCUCCGGAUCCGGGGAGACGAGCGGCAGCGGCAGGCCCGAGCAGCAACCCGGGGGUAACAGGGAGGAGAACGACAUCCAGAUUGUCAGCGUCACUUCCCUCGCACAGCCUGGCCAGCAAAGAGGGACCCAGCCCGCCGUAACCAGAGCAGAAACGGCUCCGAACAUGUCUUCCCCGUUAACUGGGUCCGGAGCGCUCGUGCGAAGGAGAGUUACACCUUCUCCAGCCACAAGUUCGAUCUUGGCGGCCCGGAAAAGACUUUUGGACAGAGCAUUGUCGCACAAGACAAAGCCGUCGUUCCUCCAGGUGGCAGCGUUGCUAAGGAGAGAUCAGGCCGGUGUUCAGAGUUCAGAUUUAAGCAACGCUCUACCCCAGCAACCUGAAACCUAUGAUCUGACCACUGAGAAGACUGUUAUGGAGGGGCAGCCUGGAGGUAAUAGCUCUUCCCGGCGCUUUGCUGCACAGAGACCAGGAAUGAGCAUCCGCUCCCCUCAUCCUCCUCCGCGUGUCGGGAUUCGCCUUCCUAAUCGCCUGCCGGCACCUUUGACGUCCUCGGGUCCGGCGGCCAUCCUCCGCCUGCAGUCCGCCAGGACUCAAAACGCCGCGGCUCACGGCGAGGGGCAGGCAGUCCACGACACCAGAGGAAGGGGCAGCUUGCAGGACCAGAUCCAGACCCUUGGCUCUGAGGUGCGCAGCCUUGGCCUGGCAGUGAAGAUGCUGGUGGACCAGCAGUGCCGCCUGGAGAGGGAGCAGUCGCAGCAGACGCAGAUUCAGAAGCAGAUCCUCAGCACCCUCCAAACACUCGCCUCUAAAACAGGACCCAGCGGCAGAACUCCGCAGCGUCUCAACAAAACUCCCUCGCCGUCGUCUCUGCCAGCGGCCUCUGCCGCUUCCUCCUUCGCCCAGGAUACGUUCACUUUUAGCCAAGGCUCGUUCCCUCAGUGCAGCCAGACUCAGCCGGGCUAUCACGCGUUAGAGAGAAUGGAAAACGUCGAAGCUUUUAAAGUUCCGAGAAUGAGCCCUACCAGUAUAAACGGGUUUCCGCCUUGUAGCAGCGCAGAGAGCCUUCCUUUAACUCACACUCCCUCUCAGACACAAACCUAUACCGCUGCGUACCCACAGCAAAGCGGCCAGGCGCUCAUGCCACCUUACACGCAGUCAUACGUCUCCACAUACAACCAGACACACACCCAGACGUACAGAUCACCGGAGAGCAAGACGUCCGAUUUCUCCAGCGCCUGUUCGGCGAGGACUUUCUUAGACUGCAGCGGAUCUACGCAGCAGGUCACGAAACCUUCUUCACACGACCAGCCGCUCAGUAGCAUCAAGGUGGAAGGACCUUAGUUUCCACGGCGACCAAAGGACCCGAGCUUGUGUUUCUUUUAAGUUCACUGUAGCAUUGUCAUGAAGGUACAUUUAAUGUUUUUAGGAUUAAUAAUAAAAGUAGCUACCAUGCAAUACAUACAGCAAUAGCUUAACACAGUUGUUUUCUAAUUUAUCUUGACAAAAAUGUAAAGCAGAUCAUAAAUAUUCUUUUUUUAUAUUUUAUUUUUUUCUGAUAAAAGAUAUAUUGAGACCAGGAUCUGUUUCACAAGGGUGACCAGGCCAAGAAAGGCAGCAUCACACGUCAUAGUAGACAAGACAGACAACAGUGACAACCAAUAAAAAAAAAAACGAAAUAUGUCCUUCCCAUUUCAGUCAGAUGAAGGCAUAAAUAAGUACGAAUCAACCCAAUAAGAAUGUUAUAAUGUUAUAAUAUACACACACAUCCAGUGUGUGUAUAUUAGCUUACAUUCAAGAAAAGGGACCCAAGUUUGUGGUGGGUGGGUGAGGCAGCUACAAGCAGUGAUAAAUCUCAGAGCACA